GGCGGGUGGGGGGAGGUGAAAGCCAGCCCACUGUAGUCUGAGAGAAAGAAACAGAUUUGGAAAAUAAGAGGAGGAGAAAGAAAGACAGACAGACAGAAAGCCAGCCCAGCAAACCCCUGAACGGUUUCCUGUUGCCUCCUUCGAAGACAUUUAGAUUCCUUCAGAUCCUUGAGAGAGGCUGAAGUUUUCUCAGUUCCAGUGUCCUGUCCCUGAGACUUCGGAGAAAGAUGCAGGCUUGGAUUUUCUUCCUUCUCUGCCUGGCAGGCAAGGCCCUGGCAGCACCGCAAGAUGCACUGCCAGAAGAGAUGGAAGUAGUAGAGGAUCCUACAACAGAGGAGCCUGUGGGAAUCAACCCAGUUCAAGUGGAGGUUGGAGAGUUUGAAGAGCCCACCGUGGACGUGGAGGAGGUUAUUGCUGAAAACCCCUGCCAGAACCAUCACUGCAAGCAUGGCAAAGUCUGUGAAGUGGAUGAAAACAACACCCCAAUGUGUGUAUGCCAGGAUCCCUCCAGCUGCCCAGCCAGCACUGCAGUGUUUGAGAAGGUCUGUGCUACUGACAACAAGACCUAUGACACCUCCUGCCACUUCUUUGCUACCAAAUGCACUUUGGAGGGAACCAAGAAGGGACACAAGCUCCACCUGGACUACAUUGGACCUUGCAAAUUCAUUCCCCCAUGCCUUGAUGCUGAGCUGAGUGAAUUCCCUCUGCGUAUGCGUGACUGGCUGAAGAACGUCUUGGUCACCCUUUAUGAGCGUGAUGAAGACAACAACCUGCUGACUGAGAAGCAGAAACUCAGGGUGAAGAAAAUCCAUGAGAAUGAGAAGCGCCUGGAAGCUGGUGAGCACACCAUGGAGCUGCUAGUUCGUGACUUUGAAAAGAACUACAACAUGUACAUCUUCCCUGUGCAUUGGCAGUUUGGCCAACUGGACCAGCAUCCAGUUGACGGGUACCUGUCCCAUACUGAGCUGGCCCCACUGAGAGCUCCUCUCAUCCCCAUGGAACAUUGCACCACUCGCUUCUUUGAGACAUGUGAUCUAGACAAUGACAAGUACAUUGCCCUGGAGGAAUGGGCCAGCUGCUUUGGCAUUAAGGAGAAGGAUAUUGACAAGGAUCUUGUGAUCUAAACUCCGCAGCUUCAUCAACUGUCAUCUACAACUUCACGUUUUCUUUCUUUUUUAAACAGUUUGGUUUUUGGUUUGUUUUUAUCGGGGACAAGGUGCUAAUAUAGAACUAAACUUAUAUAUUAACGGUGCUAAAAAAAAAAGAGACAGAAAGUUGUUAGUAGCCUAAUCUAUACCACUAGAUUACCCUGCUCGCGCACUCAUUUGUGUUUCUGUUGGCCUUUUAAUUUGAUGAUAGCAGCAGCAACAGAUCUGCUUCUGUUCUAAGUAUCUACCCUUUCUCCUGACCCACUCUUUUUCUAUUUUUCUUUUUUAAAUCCUUAAUAUGUUCUUGGCUAUUUAACUCUCAGGCAAAGGUAGUUCAGGCUGUUAACUCCCUAAUUUCUGGAAGGCAAGUAAAGGAAGGUGUACCCAAAAAAAGGUGUUGGGAGACUGGGCUUUCCAAAGCCAAGUGAAGCAAUUGUUUAUGAAAGGGUAGGUGGCAUGGAUUUUAUUCACUUGUAGGAUGGGCAGAGAGGGUAGUGGAAGAGGCCUGCAAAAUCCAGAAUGAUGGCUCCAUAAAUUCCAGUUUUUGAAUGUACCAGUAAUUGGGCAUACACUCACACAAAAGGAAUGGUUAAAGUAGAGAGCAACUGAGUUGCAUGAAAAAGCAAACAUCUUGUAAACUCUCCCUCUAAAAAUAAAAAGUUAAAAAUG